UAUAAGGUGUAUCAACAGGUAAUAAGGUGGCUAGGCACAAGUACCUUGGCCGGUAUUAAUAAUACGGGCUUGUAGAGGAAUGUCAUAUGCAGUGCCAGUGUCCAUGUCCGUGUAAGCUGUCGAGACGACAACCACACCAACAACGAUACGUAUGUAUUCGUUACUACCACUACUAUCUCAACUACUAAUACUGCAGUGAUUCCUGAGAAGCUAUAUAUAUACCUAGGAGCCUACGCAGCUACUCAUAUCACAUCAUUCGUACUGCAGUUACUGUUAGUACUAUCUAUAUACAACCGGAUCACCAGAAUGGCACAACGUGAACCUGAACCUGAACCUGAAUUACAGAAUCAAAUCUACAAACUCACAUUCUACGUUCCCCCCUCCCACACCCAAGCGUGUCUCGACGCUUUAUUUGCCGUUGGAGCAGGGACAUGGCCGAACCCGAAUCCUUCGAACGAAGCGUCAGCGAGUUUGACCGGUACCACUGGCGCCGCCGAUAGCGUCGGUCCGUCACGGCCAAAAUAUAUAAAUACCGCCUUUAUAUCUUCCGGAACAGGACAAUUUGUCGCGACCGAGGGUGCGAGGCCGUAUAUAACCAGCACUACUUCUUCCACCGGCACUUCUACGUCUACUUGCAGCGGCACGGGUCCUUCUGCUCCUGGUGGUAAUACUGGUCCUUCUACUUCCGGCGGUAUGUCUACGGAUACUUCUCCCAGCAAUACCAAUAAGGUCGAAUAUGUCCAAGAAGAUCGUGUCGAAAUGGUCAUUGCUGGUAGUAGUGAAACAGGAUCAGGAUCAGGAUCAGGAUCAGCUGUUCAAAAAGCAGUCGAGGCGUUGAGACGGGCGCAUCCAUAUGAAGUUCCGGCGUUUUUUGUGACGAGGAGUGAAUUCUACUAGGGAGAUUACUGGGAUACCACCCAAGUACCUACAUGGAUAUAAAUACAAUAUAGAUACUAGUAACUCACUGCAUAUAAAUAUGACUAUUGUAUGACUGACGAAAUCGCCUACUAGUA